GGGCCGCUCGGGCUUGCGCGCGCAGGUAGGGGUGGUUGCCUCUCGUAUUGCUGCCGCCGUCUAGGCAGGCGGGGGGAGCGCGAGGCUUUCUGCUUCCUCUCCCCCCUUUCCCUCCCCCCCCAUAACUAUAGCCCAGGCUUUGGCUGGGUUACUAGGCCGCAUCCCCCCUUUGGGGGGGAGGGGGGCCGUUGCUAUAAUGGAGACUGGCUCUGGGGAUCUCCCAUUACCCCCACCUCGGAAUAAUGCCCCUCGUUCAGUGUUUUAUACUCUCAAUGGGAUGGGCACCACGCCUGUGCCAUCGGAGGUCUCUGCGGCCAGCAUGUCAGCUUCUGGCCUGGUAACAGUCAACACUAGAACAAUGGAAGCUGUGGAAGCCACUGCCUUCUUGACCACCACGACAACAGCAACAUCAGCAUCGUGCACGACUACAGAGGCGACUUUAGCCACGAAGACCGCGGAGAUGUCUCUUGUGGCCAACGACAGUGGGAGCGUGGCCCCUCCAGCACCAGCAGCAUCCAAUGCCAUAGCUGUGGAUGUAAUUCCAAAGGGACAUGGACCUUCUGGGGAAAUGAUGUCUGUGAUCAAUUCUGUAGACCCCACACCUUCCAUGGUAACAGUAAAUGGAACAGCAGGUACAUCGCCCCACGACGUUGGGCAGAUAUCCUCACCUGUGGCUCCACCAAAAGAAACGACGACGAAAUCCCUCCCAAUUCCACCAGCAUCGCCAACUGUGGUUGUAGUGGCUCCUAGCCCUGUGACACCCCCGGAGAAGGCUUCACCCACAACUCCCGAAGGUUUGGCAACUCGUGAUCUCCCUGCCCGGCCACCCCCCCAGGAAAUGGGUUCACAAUCCAGUCUGGGCACUGUGGCAUCCAAGGCCCCUCCAGCUCCCGACACCUUGAGUUACUUGGAUUCAGUCAGUCUCAUGUCAGGCACGCUGGAGUCACUGACUGGCCCAGGAUUCAUUGAUGAUGCUAGCUCUCUUGGUUCAGAUUCUGAGAUCAAUGGAUUGGCAUAUCGUAAGACCGACAAGUAUGGCUUCUUAGGGGGCAGCCAGUAUUCUGUUCAACUCGAAAGUACCAUCCCUGUGGAUGUGGCCAGACAGAGGGAACUCAAAUGGCUGGACAUGUUUUCCCACUGGGACAAAUGGCUGUCACGCAGAUUCCAAAAGGUGAAAUUGCGCUGCCGGAAGGGGAUUCCUUCUUCCCUCCGUGCCAAAGCAUGGCAGCUUCUCUCCAACAGCAAGGAUCUUUUGGAUCAGAACCCAGGGAAAUUCGAGGACCUGGAGCGUCAGCCUGGAGAUCCUAAGUGGCUCGAUGUAAUUGAAAAAGAUCUACAUAGGCAGUUCCCUUUCCAUGAGAUGUUUGCAGCUCGGGGAGGUCACGGGCAGCAGGACCUCUACCGCAUUCUGAAAGCUUAUACUAUCUACCGGCCAGAGGAAGGUUACUGCCAGGCUCAGGCACCUGUUGCUGCAGUGUUGCUGAUGCAUAUGCCUGCUGAGCAAGCUUUCUGGUGCCUGGUGCAAAUCUGUGAGAAGUAUCUCCCUGGCUAUUACAGUGCUGGACUGGAGGCAAUCCAGCUGGAUGGGGAGAUUUUCUUUGCUUUGCUACGCCGAGCAUCUCCCAUUGCCUACCGGCACCUGAAGAGAUACAAGAUUGACCCCAUCUUAUACAUGACCGAGUGGUUUAUGUGCAUCUUCUCCCGGACCUUGCCCUGGUGCUCCGUGUUGCGUGUCUGGGAUAUGUUCUUCUGUGAGGGAGUAAAGAUCAUCUUCCGGGUGGGCCUGGUGCUGCUCCGGAACACACUGGGCUCAGUAGACAAACUGCGCUCGUGCCAAGGCAUGUACGAGACGAUGGAAAAGCUACGCAACCUGCCCGUCGAAGCCAUGCAUGAAGACUUCCUGGUCCAUGAGGUGAUUAAUCUCCCUGUAACAGAAGCCCUGAUCGAGCGGGAGAAUGCUACUCAGCUGAAGAAAUGGCGGGAGACACGGGGCGAGCUCCAGUACAAGCCCUCCCGCCGACUCCAUGGUUCUCGUGCCAUCCACGAGGAGCGGUACCGCAUGAACCCACCACUGUCGGCCAGCGCCAGCCUCUUGAGUCUCACCGGCCUGAAGCAAAGGGUUUCCCUCAGCAGUGCCAGUGGCCCCUCGUUCUCCCCAGUGCACUCCACGGGCACCUUGGCGGUGUCGGCCGCCCCGCCUCCUGCCCCUUCUGCAGCCCAGAGCCCGGUGGUGGUCUCCGAAGGCCUCCGUCCGGUCUUGCCUUCUCCCACCGGGAACAACACGCCCCUAGGAGGCCCGAAGAAAACCGGGGUCAGCAGCAAAGAGGAGAAGCGGAAAGAGAAGGAGCGGGAGAAGCAAGAGAGGCUGGAGAAGGAGAGGCGGAAGCAAGAGAGAGAGCGGGAGAAGAAGAUGCAGAAGGAGCGGGAGAAGCAGGAGAAGGAGAGGGAGAAGAAAGAGCAGAAGGAACGAGCCAAAGAGGAAGCCAAGCUGAAGAAGGAGAGGAAGUUGUCCCUGAGAAAAAAGGAGUCCAGAUCAGCUCCUCUGCCACCUCCUGAUGAGGGGAAAGACGGGGAACCCCCAGGGGCAUCAGUGCUGCAAGACACAUACUUUUGAAUAGGGCUCACGCUUGUCGUUGGCAACACAAGCUCCAGCAACUCCCGCCGCCACCACCACCCGGUCAGCCAAGGACCAAGAUGGGGGCUGCUCCCAGAGACUUUCUGCAGUAGGGGACCCAGAGGGCAGGAGGAGAUGUGCCAAGGGGGAAUUGCUGCUGUGCACUGAACCACCUGACUUAGGGCUACAGAGGAGGUCAGGGGAUUAUAGUAUUUUGUACACCCCUUUUUUCGUGCCUGAGGUGGAUUUGACACUCCCCCCCCUUCACUCUCCUCCUCCUGAAUGAAGAGGGCCAAAACAAAAUGGCCCCUGCACUCUGUGGGGUGAUGGGAGACGGCUGCCCCAGGCAGACUUCACUGAAACCAAUAGGUGCAGCUGCCCAGCCCCACCCCACCCCAGCUUCCCCUAAAGCUUGGAGUCUUAACCAAGGAGCUAAUUGUAUCAUUAAUAGUAACUCCCAACAACAUCCUUCGCUCAAGAACUGUAUGUGGAAUCGUCUGUCCUUAAAACUAUUUAACCACUCCAGGCUUCAUAGACCACCUCUUUCCAGAGAGGCUAGUUUUAAGAGCAGUGUAUAGUCUUGCCUCCUCCCUGUUCCAAAAAUUUAACAAACUCUUCCGUUACGGACUGGGUUGGCCCUCAUAAUACCACCUUGUAUUGUUUCUUAGCCCCAAAUUUGGUGGGUUCCCGAAAGAAAUCCCAUCUUGUCUUCCUCCUAUGGACAGAGAGACACAGACAUGGGGGGGCUUCCUGCAGCGUAGAGAUGGAGCCAGCAGGAAAGCUGCACCUGUUGGCUUUCUUCCUCUUACGCAGCUAUGAGAGGCAGGACGUCUAUGCCUAGAGGGUCAAGGGGAAGAGGCAAGAGACCCUGCUACCCACUGAUGCAGCCAUUUUGCUGUUCCUAUGCAAGGGGUUCUCGGCAAUGGUCAAGGGGUGGGUGCGGGUGGGUGGGAACAAAACAGCUUCUUGGUGCCUGGAAAUGUCUGUCAGAAUUGUUGAGCAAAAACUAACAAUAGUUGGGUUAAUGAGGAGUGGAGACACGUUUUGUGAGUCCCCCCCCCCUUUUUUUCCCCGUUGGCUGGCAAAAGAGGUUCCUGUUUCUGAGUAAGAAGAGUGAUCCAUUCUGCUGCCGUUCAGCGUUAUCAGUCUGGUCCAAACAUUCCCGAGAUGCAAGGCAGGAGGCGGAUCUUUAUGUGUGGCUUUUUGUUGCUUGUAAGCAAGAAAGGCAAACCCAUUCCUUCGGCGCUUCUGCCCCUAAGGGAAAGACUCAGGUACCAAGUACGGGUGCCCUUGUGCUAUAGUACCAGAUCGAGAAGGCUUUUACCCUUUAUUGUUACAAAGGCAUCUAAGCCUCCUCCUCUUCCCUCCUACCCAUCUUUUGUUGGAUGUAAAGGGCACAGGAUACGUUUAUACCAGUUGAGAAUUUCUUCUUCUUCUUCUUAUCUGCAUGGUUUUUGCCCAGAGGCUCCCUUGGGAACCACAGUGUUGAGAAGGUCCUGCCAAUGGUUUUUUUCCAGUUUUAGGAGCUGCACAGUCUCUUUGUGGAAUUGACAGGGCUUCUGGAGCUGUGGUGGUUGGAACUGGUUUGAAGAGAGGGUUUUAAUUUGUUCGUGUCAAUCUACAUUCCUAAAUGGUGCAUGCUCUAUUCCCUUUUUUGUUGAUAAAAAGCAAACGGAUCCAUUUUAAAAAAAGCAAUGACUGGAAUGUAUUUACUCUCUUUUUUCCUCUGUGGUACGCUGUGCGGCCGCAAAAGGAUCCCCUUUUUGUUUCCAUGUGCUGGCAAGUGGCUCAUUCCGCCUAGGAUGGUACAGCAGAAGAGAGCCAGUGACAUUCCUGGCUUCAGUCCUAUGUUGUCUAAGGAGGCUCAGUGUGCAAGUAGUGUACCAGAUUAUUGGGGCUGUGGAUCCAGACUUUAGGACUUUCUGGGGGAAAUGUGUCACAGGAAGCUAGCAGCUAGGAGUCUGAACCUUUUCGUGGACUUUCAGACGUCUUUCUCUUGGCCGUUCUGUGACAUCAUUUGCCCUACCUAGGUCAUAUCUCCUGCGCUUUGGAAAUGAAGGUUCUGAAGUUUGCUUCCCAGAAAUACAUCUGCCCUGGCUUUUUCUUAAGUCCACAGACCGACCCACAACUCAAUGUGAGAAAGGCUCAAUUUGCUCAUCUUCAUCUCUGUACAUAACUUUUCUCUAUAACACAUAUAUUAUAUAUAUGUUUCAGUAUUGUAAUUAUGUAUACAGAUACCUGGGAUUUUUUUUAAUCUUGUGCUCUUAUUUAAUGGGACAGACACUGGAAAAUUAGGAAUUCAUAUUCUCCCCUUACCUUUUAAAGAUUUUUUUUUAGUUUUUUACCAUUACCCCUAAUCAGGAAGAGCAAAAAAUUGGAAGUUUACAGCUGACAUCUCUUUGCUGUCCUACUUGUUAAUAAUUUUCUUCCUUUUGUCAUUUGUGCCUCAUUCUCAUUGGAUUCUCCCUUUCCCCGUUGCUUUGUUUAAAAAUGUUAACAAAACAAAAUGAAGUUC